UUGCUUUGCCACCUUAUCUUGUUUGAUCUCUCGAAAAAGACACUUUGCCAACAAAGCCCAUUCCCUCCUCUCGCACCACAGAAUCCCUGCUCUCUACAACAAGACAAACCCUCUAGAUUUAGGCCGGCACCUCUUCUCUCUCCUCCCUAUCUUUCAUAUUUUUUUGACCCUGUCACACUUGCUCACGUAUCUUUUCUUCACUACCUUCCAAUCCCACCUAUUUUGUAUUUUCACUGCAUCCAAAUCCUCCCAGUAUAUAUUGCACCACAUCACCAUUCUUGAAAGGGACUCAUCAGCAUGGAUGUCUGAGUUCCCCUGCCUCUGCAUCUCAAACCCCCUUUCGUUUUCUCACUGCCACGUCACUAUUUGAUUGGAUAAAAAUUUGAUCUUGGAGAGGAUUGCUUGUUGAGAUGGGGUGGGGGUUAUUGGUAGUGGGGCUGUGUUGUGUGGUGGUUUUCUUGAUUGUGAAGUGGGUGUUGAGGAGUGUGAAUGAGUGGUAUUAUGAGAGGGAGUUAGGAGAGAGAAGGUAUGAACUCCCACCAGGUGAUCUUGGCUGGCCUUUCAUUGGCAACAUGUGGUCCUUCCUUAGAGCUUUCAAGUGCAGCCGACCUGAUUCUUUCAUCUCCAACAUUGCUGACAGAUAUGGGAAUUCUGGAAUGUACAAAGCUCACAUGUUUGGUAAUCCUAGCAUAAUUGUGACCACAGCAGAAGGAUGCCGGAAAGUUUUAACUGAUGAUGAGGCCUUCAAGCCCGGAUGGCCCUCUUCAACGAUGCACCUUAUUGGAAAACACUCAUUUGUGGCGAUUUUUGAUGAAGAACACAGGUGGCUGCGCAAGUUAACAUCUGCCCCUGUGAACGGACACGAGGUGUUGUCCUUGUACAUUAGAUACAUCGAAGACAAUGUGGUGGUCGCCUUAGAAAAAUGGGCCGGGAUGGGGAAGAUCGAGUUCUUGACUGAGCUCAGAAAGCUCACAUUUAGAAUAAUCAUGUAUAUAUUCCUGAGCUCGGAGAGCGAGCAGGUGAUGGAGUUGAUGGAGAGGGAGUACACCAUCCUCAACUAUGGCGUUCGAGCAAUGGCAAUCAACAUACCUGGAUUUGCCUACCACUCUGCUCUCAAGGCGCGUAAGAGGCUGGUGGCCGUUCUCCAGUCUAUAGUGACAGCACGAAGGGAGUGGAGGACGAAGAACCCUGUGAGGGCGAAGAAGGACAUGAUGGACGCGCUGAUGGAUGCUCAAGAUGACAAAGGGCGGAGAUUGAGAGAUGAGGAGAUCAUCGAUGUUCUAGUUAUGUAUCUCAACGCGGGCCAUGAGUCGUCUGGACAUAUCACCAUGUGGGCAACUCUCUUCCUGCAGAACCAUCCGGAUGUUCUCAAACGAGCUCAGGCAGAGCAAGAAGAGAUAGUGAAGAAGAGGGGACCCGAUCAGAAAGGGGUAACGCUUAAAGAAAUACGUGAAAUGGUUUAUCUUGACAAGGUGAUCGAUGAAACACUACGUGUGGUGACAUUCUCACUGACCGUGUUCAGAGAGGCAAAGAAGGACGUUCGCGUGUGUGGGUACACAAUUCCAAAGGGGUGGAAGGUGUUGGUGUGGUUUAGAGGAGUUCAUUUCGACCCGGAGACAUAUCCUGAUCCUACCAAGUUUGAUCCUUCAAGAUGGGAUGGAUUCACACCGAAGGCCGGGAAUUUCCUUCCUUUCGGUGGAGGAAGCAGGCUUUGCCCCGGAAAUGAUCUAGCCAAGAUUGAAAUCUCCAUCUUUCUCCACCAUUUUCUUUUGAAUUACCAGCUGGAACGCCAUAAUCCCGGGAGUCCAUUGAUGUACCUACCACAUAACAGGCCUAAGGAUAACUGUCUAGGAACAAUUACCAGACGCUCUGCUCAUCAGAAAUAGUCAAUAUUCACUUCCAUUUCUACUUCCAAUGGAUUGGAGAGUUUUUUUGGCUCUGUUUUCAGCUCCAUUUUAUGUACAAAGACUACUCUACCAUCAAGAAAUGAGGAUAGUUAUUAAGAUAUACUAGUAAUAUAGCACUUGUUAUUUUCAUCA